UUCACUGACUUUCCCAAUUUUUUCGAUACCACUUCUUCCCAACAAUGGACCGAGGGGUUGGUGCCUCCUCAGACAGACACCACAUAUAAUACCACAGCCGCAGCAGCUGGCAUCUGGUGUCCCAGGAAUGCAUCCACAUCUUUCCAGACCCCUUACUGUACUACCAAGGAUUUUCGCGUCUAUACGGAAGACUGGUGUGAUUAUGCCCAAGAGCCAAGCGCCAUAACGGCCAUGACUACACCCUACGGCAACAUAUCUCUCCGACUGCAUAGUCAAGUGCGUGUCGAUAUGACGAUUGACCGAGCUGUAAGAAUAACUGAUUUCAAGAAUGGCAUUAUACUGUCUUUGAACGGAAGAGGAUCUGAAGUUGCAUUGCUUCACCCCACCGGGCGUGUAUAUCAAUACGGAAGCCGCGUAGAAAUCCUGACAAAUGAUGCCGGUGGGAAUAAUAGAUGUGCCAAGAUGUGGUACAAAGGAAUAAGUUUCACAUCUGAGCAGUGUGCACUUGUGUACCUAGUUGAUGCUGCAGGGACCAGAACAACAAUUGAAAAUUUCUUAGACAUGAGACAGGAUUUCUCAUUGUCUGUAUUCUAUAGUGAUUCACGCCAAGGUGCAUAUUACAUCCAUGAAGCCAAUUCUCUUUUUAAGGCAGCUCAGCAUUGGAUUACUGAUAAAGGAACUGAGAAUUGGAAAAUUAAUAAUGUGCGAGUUUCACAAACUCCGAAUGGAAUUGUUAGUAUUUAUCGAAACAGCAGCAGAUGUCAAUUACGCGCAAGCCCAAGCAAUGGAACGGCAUCACUGACUACACCAUUCCUUCACUGUACAGCAUCAAUGGGUCAAACACCUCACUUAUUUGUCAGACGUGGAGAACGUCGUAUGUAUUAUGAUGGUGCUAAUUUCAUUGUACGAAAUGCAAACCACUCAGCAGGAUUUAAUAAAAAGAAUCAACUCACACUGUAUAAUUGAUUAGCUUUUUCUAAAACAAUAAUGAAACAUUGAAGAUUCUAACGUAUUUUAUGAGAGAAAUAUAUGUUAAAAUGCAUUAAAUAGUAUUGGAAUAUUUUGAGACUAGGUAGCCCAGAUUAUGUUACUUACUUGAGAGAGGUAUAACAGCAUGCUGCUGGAUGUUACAUAAUAUUAAAACACUGCAUAAUCUAAGAACUCUCAUAAUCCACCUACCAACAUAGGCAUGCACACACAUGCGUGAGAUUGCUGUCUAUGAAAUCACAUACAUAUUAUCUGUUGUCAGUUCACUGGUUGUUUUACUAAACACCAUGUGUUUUAUAUAAGUUGACUUGAUAUGAAAUGUCACAUGAUGUUCAAGAUACAACAGUUGCCAUACAGCAUACAUAUCCCAUUUAACAACUCACUCUUUUAUGUAUAUUUCAUUAGUAUGAAUGAUAUAUUUAGUAACUGCCAAGGAGUAACUAUAAAUCUUUGACCUUUUAACUUCUGAUAUGUGCAGAUUUUAAAAAUGAACAUGAAACCUUAAAUUUAAGCAGCAAAAUCAUAUGUCCUAUCUGAUAUCAUCUAAUGACAACAGCUAGAUUUGAUUAUUCUUGUUAUUUGCUUGUAAGUAUAAACGAAACAAUACUUGUCUAAAUAUUUUGAAACAACUUCAAGGAGAGUAAAAUAUGGCUACCAUAGCACAAAUUUAAAAUUUCUAUAUCUAAAUCAGUAACCUGUGUGAUCAAAGACAGCAGGUUGAGUAUGAGAGUUAAAUGGCUUAUGCCUGCAUAUAAUUCUGAAAAACUAAUCUUCUUGGCACGUGUUGAAACCUGUUUUGGGGGAAAUAUUUGUGUAGUGUAAACUUUGGUCGAGCUCAAGGUUAAAUCAUAUAAAUAUUCUAGUGAUAACACAAAAUGUAUGCAAGACAUUUAUAAGCAUGUUUGCAAUUAUAAUUUACCUUUCAGAUCUGAGCUUUAUAUUUGCUGUUUAGCUAUUAUAAAAUUUUAAAAUUAACCACAGAAAAAUUAACGAACAUAUGAUUUGUUCCCAUAAAUAUGGAACUUGAUUAAUGUCACUGUUGCAAUCAACGUAUUGUGAAAUAUUUGCCUGGAAUCAUCAUGUUCAGAGCCAUAGAGAUGAUAAUAGAAUAUUUUAAAUUCAUAUUGUUUUUUGUUUAGCCUAAAAUAUUAAAUCAAUUGGACAUUAUAGUCCAUGGGAACAGAUAAUUUUUUUGAAAUUAUCCAGAAUUAAAAAGAAGAAGAAAGGAAUUAGCAUAGUGAAAUAUAGAGGCACAGUUCUUACUUGCAAAUGAAAUUAAUUUGUUGACUAGCAUAUGUGACACUGAGGAAAUAAAUGAAACAGAAUGUUUGAGAAUGUGUGAGGGCAUUUAUUAUAAGAGUAACAUCCAGAAUUAUAUGAACAGCUGUAACUUAUUGACAUUUUAUGUGUGUAGUAUCGUCUUUAAGACUA